CGCUCAGAGAUUAAUCAACAUUGUAUUCUACCUAGUUUCGGGAUGCUUCUCUGGGAAAUUGCUGAGUUAAAUAUGCCGUAUUACGAUAUAGAAAGCGAUAUAGUAGCCAUUCGAGAUAGAGCUCAAAACGAAGAAAAUCGUGCUCAAUUCAGUGAUCAAGCAAAUGUCCCUUUGAAAUAUCAAGAAUUAACACCUGUUCAAACGAAUCCAAAAGAUCGCCCUAAUUUUACCGAUCUCUUCAUUAGUUUAGAGAAACUUUAUGAACACUACACAAACAGUAUCUCGUCAGAAGGCAGCUCUAACAUUAAUUUUAACAUUUCUAGGCCCCUUGUAGAAGACUCUGAAGAAGGUGAUAUUAGCAAUGUUAAAACUGUUGAAGAUGCCUUGAAGGAACAUAUGUCAGAACAUGGAAACAAAAAACUUGCAUGGAAACUUUUCCAAGAACAUGCAGAUAAUGGAAAUAUGAUCGCAAAAUACUGGGUUGGGUUUUAUUUAUAUCAUAAUUAUCCCACGCCAAUGGAUCAAAUAUUAGAAACAGAAUCAAUGAGAAAUGAUCGUUACACGCGUGCUGCGCAAUUAUUCAAAGAAGUUGCCGAUUCUCUUUGCCCACAGAACAGAGCUGCACAGUUUCAAUACGGAAAUUGCCUGUAUAAUGGUGAUGGUGUCGCAAAGGAUAGAAAAUUGGCAUUUAAAUAUUACCUGAAAGCAGCUGAUAAUGGAAAUACAUUUGCAAUGUUCAAAGUGGCAAACUAUUACAAUAAGGGAAAGUAUAUUCCGCAGGACAAGGAAUUGAGUCUAAAGUAUUCGGUAGAAGCGGAAAGAAAAGCCCAUGCGUACGCAUAUCCAAAGCCGACAUUCCAAACAGAACAAUCGGAAAAUUGA